UCUCAGUUUGCAGAAAUGAUGACCAAUGUUGAUCAGCGGCUCAUCCAAACAGAUUUUGGGUCAGCAGAAGGUCAGCGGGGGCGGACCAGAACCAGAACCAGUUUCAGGGAAAAGGAAAGUGAAGCUUUAAUUCUGUCCAGGAUCUCCAGGAUGAAGGAAACGUUCAGGUUUCUGGUGGUUUUGGUUCCUCUACUGGUUUCUGUGGAGCGCUCAGAGUGUGUGCGGUGUUUUGGUUCUUUUGACCUGACCACAGGUGAGUGUAGUGAAGAUUUGGGCGAUGUGGACGAAGAUGAUUGCUGUCAGAACUCCCAAUACGGCUACGAAGCAGAAGAUGGAUCAUGUCGUUCCUGUGGCCCACCCACAUGGUCUCCCUGGACAUCUUGGUCAUUCUGCAAUGUUCUGUGUGGAGAGGGCGUGAGACAGAAAAGCAGGAAGUGUCAUGGCAUUGGAAAAGCAGAGUGUGAGAACCCUCUGGACACACUGCAGACAGACGUGUGCAGCGGCACCUGCUGCAAUGAUAAGGGCUGGGGCUUAUGGAACCCCUGGACUCCAUGCUCAGUCACCUGUGGAGGAACAGGAACCCGAACAAGGCAGAGAGUCUGCUCCAGUCCUCCUGAAUGUCGCUCGGCGUGCAUUGGCCCUGAAGAAGAGAAAGAGUCCUGUGAGGCCAGCAACAGGUGUCCAGUCCACGGAAGUUGGUCCAGUUGGGAAGCUUGGUCACAGUGCUCUGGUUCCUGUAUCACUGACCAAAACAUGCCCACAAAGGUACGACAGCGCACCUGCUCCAACCCAGCCCCCUCUACUGACACGGUACCACCAGGCAACAACUGUCCUGGUGAUGCUCUUGAGACGCAGGACUGCAGCGAACUCCCUAAUUGUCCAGUGGAUGGCAACUGGGGGUUCUGGUUUCCACCUGCUCCGUGCUCCGUCUCUUGUGGAGAGGGUCUGCAGCUGUCAUUUAGGCGGUGUGACAACCCUAGCCCUAAAUAUGGUGGCAAAUAUUGCGAGGGGCCAAGCACUCAGAGCAGCGUCUGUAAUAGACCCUGUCCUUUCCAUGGAGUCUGGUCUGGUUGGUCAAACUGGGGCGACUGUUCAUCUUCCUGUAUCCCACCUGGCGGAGCUUCAUUGAGGACUCGCCAUCGAUCUUGUUCUAACCCUGCCCCGUCGUUGAACCCACCUGGUAAUGCAUGCCAAGGUGACAACUCCCAAACGGAACAUUGCAACCACCUACCUCAUUGCCCAGUGGAUGGCAACUGGGGUCCCUGGUCAGCCUUCACUCCAUGCCCUGUUACAUGUGGCGUGGCUCUUCAGGUCUCGGAGAGGAGAUGCAACAACCCUGCUCCCAAUCAUGGUGGCCGUCCAUGUCCUGGAAACGAUAAGCAAACCAAACUGUGCUCAACACAAGUCCACUGCCCAGUGGACGGCGUGUGGGCCGAGUGGUCCGCCUGGGGUGCCUGUACGUAUGCAUUUGGAGGAAGAGAUAUCCGCUGCAAGACAACAGGUGGCAAGCAGACUCGAAGCCGCACCUGCCUACAUCGAGCUCACAAUGGCUCCAUCUGCACCGACGGAAAGUUGACAGACACUCAGGUCUGCUACAACGUCGAUAAAUGCUAUCUGAAAGGAUCCUGGGAUGGCUGGGAGCCUUGGAGUUUAUGUAAACCGCCCUGCGGAGUCUCGUCUAAACGUAGGAGGUUCCGAAUCUGUAAACCUGACUACAGCGAGUACAAUCCAACUAUUGGUCGUCAGCGGGAACCAGCACAUUUCCAUGGAAAGCCAAACGCCGACUGUGGCGCGCUUCCUGAUGGAGAGAAGAAGUAUGAAAUUGAAGACUGCCUUAAUGUCCCUUCCUGCACCUAACAGUGCAUCAGCCGACAACGUCAACAAUGUCAAAGCUAGCUUUAUUGGUGACAUAUUUGCAGAAACUGCAUUUGAAAGUCUGUUUUCAAAACUUUUUACUCUGCAAGAUGGGUAAAUUUGUUGCCUUGCUUUUGUGAUUUUUGUCAUUCUUUAUACAUCCAAAUCAGAUUCUUUAUUAUUGUAAUAGCUAUAAAAGAAUUAGACUAAAAAAUAAAUAAGCAUGAAUCCGACUGUAAAACAUACUGCGUUUCUUCCGCUUCUGAAACAGUAAUUAAAUUUUAGGAAUUAAGUCACACUUAAAACUCUGCCAGUUUUCCAGUCGCAACCAAAGAAAGUUGUUCACUCGUCUUAUUUAAAAUUAUUCUGUAUCCAAAAGAUUUGCCUUAGGAAUUUUUUUUUUUUACAGUUUCUAAAUGUUUUGGGUCAAAGUCCUCAGUUGUUUGUGGCCCUACAUACUAUGAUAUUCAAAUGAAAACUAAAGCAAACAAAAAAUAAAAAUAAACAAAUGUGACUAAUAGAAAAGAAAGUACAUUUAUUUAGGAUCGUCUUUUGACAAACUGAUUCCUAAAAGUGUCCAUAAACACAAACAGUGUCCAUCUGCAUCAGCUCCAAUUGGUCUAAAAAAAACCCAAAGUGCUUAACAAGGUAAAGAACAGGGCUAUAUAUUAAUAAACAAAAUAAAGACAUAACAAGCAACACAGAAAAAUAAAGUAAAAUCAAACUAAUCUAGUUGGUGCUUUACAGACCGGAUUUUUGCAUGAUCACUUCUGAAACAAAUAUAAAAAACCACAACAGAUGUACCAGCCUUGUGCUGCUUCUGUCAGCUUAAAGCUCUUUAUUCAGUUUGAAAGACAUCAAAGAGACAUUGAGACACAUGUAGCAUCCGGCUGCCUCUUUCCCAACACGUAUACAUACAUUAUUAUUUCUGGGUCACGUGUUUCGUAAGGCACAAGAUAAAUUAAAAAGAUGGAGGAGAAGAACCACCUUUAGAAGGCAACAUCAGCCUCGGAGGCUUUUCAAAGCCGACAGCUUCCAGGAGAACGCAACGCUUCUUACAAAACAGAAUAGAACAAAGGCGAAACAGCUGGAAAACACACAAAACUAUUCAUAUACACAUUUAAAAUACUUUCUCAAUGCUUGAUGUAAACGCAACAUGCAGAAAUCGACAGGUUUUAGGUGUUUAGAAGGUCAAAUGUCAACCUAACAUCCUGGUUGUCAACAGAAAACCGCUGCUUCUGUAGUGUCAAACACAGCAGCAGCAGAUUUAUCUAAAGCGUUUCAUACCAAGACCUACGUUAUGUUGCUGCUCAUACUAUUCCCUUUUGAAGUAGAGCUGUAAAGCAAAAGCACUGCUCAAUAGAAUGUAUAUAUAGAUAUAUAUUUAUAGAAAAAAUAAUAAUUAAAUGCCAUCUUCUGAGUUUCCUUUUAAAUACAACAUGAAACAUAAAAAGUUAAGACAGAAUGUUUCUAAAGACAGAAUGUGAACAAAUCAAAGUACUGACAACAGAGCUUAUUGUAAAAUAAGUGACAACCAGGCCCGCUGUGAAGGUUAUAAAUGUUAAAAUGGUUCCAAAUUUAGACAUAUUUAUGUUUUUAAAGCCACUAUGUGUAGAUUUAAUCAGGAAUGAAACCGUCAAGUAAAUCUUCCAAAAAGUCUCCAUCAUGUUUCCAGUCCAAAUUAACUGGUUUUAUUCUGAAAGUAGGAGUGGAACCGGAUUGGAGUCAGAGCAGCAUGAACCUCCCCAACAUGCUGCUGCGCACUGCUAGUCAGAUGGAUGAAAAGAGCAACACUGGCAAUAAAAUAAAUAAAAUGCAGAAUUAUGUGUUGAGUUUUUUCACUUGUGUUUAACUGCAAAAACAUGAAAUCAGAGUGGCCAUAAGCCCCACUGCUAAAUUAACCCUUUAAUCCCAGGUGCAUCUUCUUUUUUGGUGCAUUAACAUUCACAGCAUUACAGCGCCACCUGCAGGCUUGGCAUGCAGUGGUUACUACGGUGUUUUGAAUGCACCAGGUGUCUCCAUGUAGAUCAAUGCAAAGUGAUGAUGUGUUUAUGUGAAAAAAUUUAAUUUGAAAAAACUAAAUUUUAAUCAUCUGGACCAGUUCUUAAUUAAAAAUGAUAAACCAUUUUUUAGUUUCUAUUAAAGAAUUGAAUUACAGGAUUCCUUCAAGUUUUUUAUUUCAAAAUUAGAUACAUUCCCAAGAUUUUCCUUUUUAAAACACUCAGGAUGGACAUUUCAGUACAAACUGUUUAAUGUUCUUUAUUUCUGAAGGAGCCCGACUUCUCAGUAAGGAUUUUUGCCAAAUCACAUAUUUUAUUUUAUUUUUUUUCAAAUUUUUGAUUUCUAAAUCAGAAAAUUAAACUAAUUGAUAAUGUAUGUUUUGCUUUAAUAGGAUGUAUGUAGGGAAACCUGAUAAAUCUGCACAUAGUGGCUUCAGUAUGAUGAAGAAAUUGAAGGUAAUACCUGGAACCAACAUUUUGCAACUAUUUAAACAUGCUAAAAACUAAAACUGCAGCAGCAUGUUUAAUUAUUUUAGCCUGUAUGGCCAAACAUAGACCAGUUCUAUAAUUAGUAUAUUAUAAAAUAACAGCUAAUUUAAUUGUCUUUUUAACAGGCUUGAUCUGAAUGGAAAGAUUUCCCUUUAAAAAACAAUCAUCUCUGAAACGUAACCAUUUUAUGGCUUUUCCAUCCACUUCGCUAGAUGUAAUGUUGACACUCAAUACUAAUGAUUGUUAUCAGGUUUUAAAAUAUUCAUGUGCAAAGAGUCACAUUCAAUUCCAAAAAGGUAACACUUGGUAAUGGUCUUAUUUCAUCGUAACAAGAGUGUUUCUGCACAGCAAACAAACCCCAUUAACAACUUAGUGAGUGAACUUCUUCUUCUUUGGUUCUUUCACCCGUGUCUGUUUAUUUUAUUUUAUUUUUUACAACAGUGCUAAAAAGCCAGCGUGUAGUUGUGUUAUCUGAGCUAAAGCAAUAAAAUACUUCUCGUCUCUUUGGUUCAACUGCCCCCUCGCACACACACACACUCCCCUUCAACAACCAUCAAGAAUGUUUGGA